AUGCCGUUAUUUGUCAAGGAUUACACAUGGACACAGACGGAAUCCACAGUGUACAUUAGUAUUCCUUUAAAGGGGAUUAAGUCAGGAAACGUUGAUAUAUUUUCUUCUGAUGAGUAUCUAAAGGUGAACUUUCCACCUUUUUUGUUUGAAGUUUUCUUGUAUGAACCAGUAGAUGAUGACAGGAGCGUUGCAAAAAUCGGAAACGGUACCGCCGUUUUUACACUGCAGAAGAAGAGAUUUGAAAUUUGGGAGCAACUUUUUAGAAAUCACGAUGAUAAAGACAAGCAAAGAGAGAUUCGAGAAAGAGCUAUUCUCAAAGCUCAUGAAAAAGCCGAGGCGAUAUCAAAAGCCAAAGCUACGAAGAAGCAAGAAGAGAAAAAAUAUGCCCUGGAGACAAUGAUGAAGCUUGAGGCAGAGGAGAGGGCAAAAAUUCAGAGAAUUAAAGAGGAAGAGUGUGCAAACGCCUGUGCAGAGCUGGAAUCCUGGAAGCUGAGACAGACACAGAUGGUCAGCGAAGAAGAGACCAAGCACGAACCACAGGCAGCCACGACACAUGAUUCGAAUGAAACACAUAAGCAAAGGAAAUCUGACAAUAUUCCUGUAAGCAGAUCCUCGGAAAAUACUGCAUUAGCUAACUCUGAUCAAACAGCCGGGCCAAAGAAACCAAAGCAGCUCGAUCUUCCGGCUCCAAGGUCUGCAGGCUGCAUUAAAAUAAGUUUCACUCCACGGGUGUUUCCUACAGCCUUGCGCGAAUCACGACUUGCUGAGGAAGAGGAGUGGCUUCAAAAGCAGGCUGAGGCCAGACGCUCAGUGAACACUGACCUGGCUGAGCUGGAUGACCUAAAGGACGAAGAGAGAAACCCUGAUUGGCUGAAGGAGAAGGGAGAUAAGUUCUUUAUGGCUGGGAACUACCAAGCUGCUGUGAACGCCUACAACCUAGCCAUAAAACUCAACAGAAAUAUUCCCAGUUUGUUUUCCAACCGAGCUGCCUGUCAUCUAAAACUGAGAAAUCUUCACAAAGCUAUUGAAGAUAGCUCCCAGGCUCUGGAGCUGUUUAUCCCUGCAGUCGAUGACAAUGCAGGAGCCAGGUUAAAAGCACACAUUAGAAGAGGCACAGCCUUCUGUGAGCUGGAAUUGUACGUUGAGGGCCUUCAGGACUACAAUGCAGCUUUGAAGAUCGAUCCUCACAAUCAAGGUCUACAAGCAGAUACGGAGAAAAUUAGAGAAAUCAUUCAAGGGACCAUCUCCAACGCAUAA